UGUGUCUUGCAAGUCGUGGAGCUACAGACACGAUGAAGUUGGUAGUGCUUGCUUUGUUUGUUGCUGGUGCCUAUGGGUGCGGCACACCACUCUAUCCCCCUGUGGUGAGCCGAGUGGUUGGAGGAGAGGAUGUCAGGCCUCACAGCUGGCCCUGGCAGAUUUCCCUGCAGUACAACAGAGCGGGUGAGUGGAGACACACUUGUGGAGGUACUCUAAUCUCUAACCAGUGGGUCCUCACUGCUGCUCACUGCAUCAGCACAGGCAGAGAAUACAGAGUAGCAAUGGGAAAGCACAACCUGGUAGAGACUGAGGAGGACGCUGUGUACAUGGGCACCGCCGACAUCAUUGUGCAUGAGAAGUGGAACGCCCUGUUCAUUCGUAAUGACAUCGCCCUGAUCAAACUGGAGGCCGCUGUUGACUUCUCUGACUCCAUCAUGGAUGCUUGUCUUCCUGCUGCUGACUUCAUCCUCCCCCAUAAUGAACCCUGCUUUGUCACUGGGUGGGGUCGCAUCUCCACUGGAGGUCCCAUUGCUGACAUCCUGCAGCAAGCUCUCCUCCCUGUGGUGGACCAUGAGACCUGCAGCAAGUUUGACUGGUGGGGCUCUCAGGUGAAGGAAACCAUGGUCUGUGCCGGCGGAGAUGGAGUUGUGUCUGGUUGCAAUGGAGACUCUGGUGGUCCUCUGAACUGUCAGGCCGCUGACGGCUCCUGGGAGGUCCAUGGUAUCGUCAGCUUUGGCUCGGGGCUCAGCUGCAACUUCCCCAAGAAACCAACUGUCUUCACACGAGUCAGCGCCUACAUGGACUGGAUCAGCUCUAAAAUGGUGGCCUACUAAGAGAGCAGCCCCUUAGGAUCAAAGCAACAUAAGAAAUUGAAGAAAUAAAGACUUUUAAAAACCCUA